AUGGCUUCGCCGUCCUUCAGAUCUGGCAGCGGGAGCGCAAGCGUGCUCGACGAGCCGGUGUGCAUUAUUGGCUCGGGUGCAGCUGGUCUAAUCACGGCGCAUACACUGAUACAAGACGGCUUCUCGAAUGUUACCAUCAUCACUUACGACAGGUCUCCCGGUGGUGUCUGGGCCAGGCAGCGGAUGUAUCCCGGCCUCUUGCUAAACAACGUCGCAAACGAGUUCCGCUUCUCGCCUCUGCCGAUGAAGCUUUCCGGUCUGCCGGGGAAGCGCACAUCGGGAGAGGAGAUGCAGGAGUACCUCGAGAAGUUCACAGCCACCUUUCUCAAGGAUUGUAUCUCGUAUGAAACCGAGGUAUUCAGGAUACAGCGACAAGAAGGGAACGGGUGGUUGCUUGACAUUGUGGACCGACGUACCAACACCCCCAGCCAACGCUCUUUUUCAAAGAUUGUACUUUGCACUGGCGGAUGCCACAACCCGUCCAUCCCCGCGGCACUAACUCCAGCCGCCGCACAGAGCGCGGGCUUCACUGGACUCGUCAUCCACUCGUCCGACUUUGCAUUACACAUGCAUAAAAUCGUAGAAGCGGCGCACAAAUCGUCAGACGCGUUCAACGUAGUUGUCGUAGGCGGCGGCAAGUCCGCGGACGACAUGUGCGCAUACUUGGCUUUGCACGACGUCCCCGUUACCAUUGUCUUUGAAUCGACGAUCACGCCCCUCGCGACACCGUUCACGCUCCCGGAUUGUAUUCGAAAGAGCAGGCUCUUGAGCGUCUUGUCCCCGCACAUCGAGCUUCGAACGAGGUUAGAGCGCUUCCUGCAUACGACCUGGCUCGGGAGCAAGAUCGUCGCGGGCUUCUGGAAGUUCAUCGAGUGGUCGUCUUACGAAGUUCUCGAUGUACCCAAAGACUCGCCUCUGCGCCAGACCUGCCCACCGUACUGGACUGUGCGGGGUGACGAGCAGGGUAUACCGCGCGCGGACAGCUUCUUCGCGCUCGUGAACGCUGGCAAGAUCAAGCUUGCCGCCCCGGCGAGGGUACGCAAGUAUCAGCCGGACUCGCUGCUGCUCAACACGGGCGAGAGUGUCAAGGCGAACGUGGUCAUCCUUUCCACGGGAUUUAAGUCGUCGUGGCCUGCUAUGUUUGACGAGGAAACCAGAAACAGCCUGGGAAUCGCUAGACAAACCGUCGCGAUAGCCGAGACCGACGAGUGGGCAUCGUUCAGGAGCAUCGCUUCGCCUCCGGUCAUUCCGCAGACCAAGACAUCCGACGCGCUCAGCGGGUCAGCGAUAUACCGCGGCAUCGUUCCCGCGAGGAACAUCGAGCGGCGGGAUUUUGCCAUUAACGGCGGCGUUUUCACAACCAACAACGGCUACACGUACGAGAUCAUCGCACACUGGAUCUCCGCCUACUUCCGGCAUGACCCCCUCCGCCUCCCAUCCUCCCCUGAAACGGCCCUGGCGGACUCGGCGCGGUGCGUCGCGUGGCUCAGGAAGCGCUACCCGGGCACGCUGGAGCACAUCAACGAGAGCUACACGAGCGAUAUUGCGUUCUGGACGUGGCCGCAGUACACGGACUCUCUACUCGAGGACAUGCACCUGCGCGGCAUGCGGAGCGGCGGAAACUGGCUCACAUGGCCGUUCAAGGUUGUUAAUGUCGACGAGCUUGCGACGCUGAAGGAGGAAAGGGAUGCGGUGCGCCAGAGGGAGAAGCUGAAGAUCCCGGGUUAA